AUGAAUCCGGAAGAACAACGUACAAGUUGUCCUGGUUUUUUGGAUGAACACGGUAUAUGGAAUAAUGGUUUUGAAUGUCCACCAUUAUCUGGUCAAAGACGUAUAUGUUGUGGAACAGAUGCACAUCUUUAUUGUUGUCCAAUUGGAAAUAUUCAUACAAAUUCUUUUAAUCGUCAGGAAAAAUAUUCUUUAUCAAUAAAUGAAACAACAUUUACUUUUAUUGAAAAGCUGAAUGCAAUUUUUUUUACAUUACCUAUUUUAAUAACAUGCAUUUUAAUAAUUAUUGUUUUAUUAUUACUUAUUCUAAUAACUUUAUUCGUCUGUUAUCGUUAUCGACAACGAAAUCAAAAUGAACAAGAAAGUCCUACAUCAACAAAACAAACGUUACUUGUCGAUCAUUUUCCAUUUUCACCUCCACAUCAUCAAUUGUUUUUCAAUGAAAAUAAUACCCAAACAUGUAUUUUACAUAAACAAACAACUGAACCUUUAACUACAAGUACUUCAUCAACAAAAUCAACACGUAUGCCAUCAAAUAUAUAUUAUAAUGAUUGGAAAGAAUUUUUUAAUACAACUGAAUUACCAAUGAAUCUCUAUCCAACAAUGUCAUCUCAUAGUAAUGAAAAUCAUAAUGACGAUCCAUAUCUUCGUCCAAAUUAUGCAGUUAAUUGUACACCAAAACAACAAGAUGAUAUAAUUGUUUAA